AUGGCUGCCAGCAAGCUCCAUUGCUCCAUGGAGUCCUCCAGAAGUCCCGAUGGUUUCCAGGGCAAAGCGGUGUCACCUCGUAAUCGGCUGGUGGUCGAGGCAGAGGAGCCUGUGACACUGACUCCCUCUGCCUUCCUGAAGGAGAUGUCCCUCACCACCCAGCAGAGGCUGGCCGCCGCUCGGGACACACGCCGGCCCCACAUUGUCCAGCUUCUGGACAUGAGUGAAACCUCCCAUCAAAAGUUCUCAGCAGUUGACCUGGAUCAGAGCUUGUUCCAGCCUUUCCCCUCGGAGGUGGUAUUUCAGAGCUACGUCCCCUGUGAGGUCUACGAGGUGCCGCUGGUUCUGAGGAACGACGACGUGGUUCCUCGGCUGGUGAAGGUCGUCCUGGAGAGCUCACCUUAUUUCAAGUUGAUCAGCCCCACUGACGUGUGCCGUAAGGUGGCACCUGGCAUGUCUUCCACCUUCCGCAUCCUUUUCACCCCUGAGGAGAACAAGGAUUACUUCCAUGAGCUCACCUGCAUCACAGAGAGGGAGAAGUUCAUUGUGCCUAUCCGAGCCAUUGGUGCCCGAGCUAUCCUGGACUUCCCCGACCAGCUCAACUUCUCAGUCUGCCCGGUCAAGCACAGCACCCAGAGAACUCUGCUGGUUCGCAACGUCGGGAACCGGGAGGCCCGCUACCACAUCAGCACCCAGAGCCCCUUCUCUGUUGAUCCCUCUGUUGGGACUCUUGGGAUUGGUGACACCAUGCAAGUCACGGUGGAGUUCCACCCGCUGAAGACUGGGGACCAUUCCAGCUCCCUGCUGGUUCACUACGACACGGGUGAAGAUGUUCACACAAGCCUUUAUGGAGCAGCUGUAGAUGUCAACAUCAGGCUGGACAGGAACUCCUUGACAAUCGAGAAGACUUACCUCACGCUGGCAAAUCGCAGGUCCGUCGUUAUCCACAAUCGGAGUGAAAUCAUAGCCCACUUCCAGUGGAAGGCUUUUGUUACUCAGGAAGAGGAAGAUCAGCACAAGCUGAGGCUGUGUGGCAGGCUGCAGCGGCAGGAGGAGGGUGAGAUGGAUCGCUUCAUCGAGGGGUGUGCCGUGGACCCCACUCUGCGAGAGCGCCUCUCCAUUCUCUCCCGCAUCUUCCAGAACGAGCGGGCAAAGGUGCGGGGGGAUUCCAUGCUCUUCUCCGACGACAUCUUCACUGUCGAGCCAGUGGAGGGAGACAUCUGGCCAAACUCCUCAGCUGAAAUUAACGUGAUCUUCAAACCCCGCGAAGCUAGAGUCUAUCAGCAGACCGUCUUCUGUGACAUCUCAGGCCGAGAGACCAGGCUGCCCCUGCGCGUCAAAGGGGAAGGCGAAGGGCCCAGGCUGCGCUUCAGCUUUGACCAGCUUGACAUCGGGAAGGUGUUCGUUGGAUCGGCCCACAGCUACGAGGCGGUCCUGUUCAACAAAGGAGCCAUCGAUGCCCUCUUUAACUUGGUGCCUCCCGUUACCGCUCUGGGCUCCUGCUUCACCUUCCUCCCCCGGGAGGGCAUCCUCAUGCCGGAUGAGCUCCAGGUCAUCCACAUCUCCUUCAGCUCCACCAUCCUGGGCCAGUUCAGUGAAGAGUUCAAGUUCAGCGUGUAUGGGUCUCACAAGCCCGUGACCUUGACCAUCAGGGGCUGUGUCAUCGGACCGACCUUUCACUUCGAUGUACCCUCCCUCCGCUUCGGUGACGUCCCCUUUGGCUUUCCUCGCACCUUGUCGUGUCGCCUCAGUAACACCUCCCUGGUGCCCAUGACGUUCAACCUCCGCAUUCCAGGAGAUGGCUCUGGAGCCCCCAGCGUGACCAGUUUUGUCCAGAUGUCGGACAACACCCAUCUUUCCUGGAGGAAGGGAGCUCACGGUGAUCUCAGGCCGAGCGAAUUUACCAUAACUCCCUGCAGAGGAACCAUCCGCUCCCAGGGACUGCUGGAUGUCCAGGUCACGCUGUGCUCCAACACCGUGAGACAGUACGAGCUGGCCCUGGUGGUGGACGUGGAUGGUGUCGGCAAGGAGGUGUUGGCACUCCUCCUCACAGCCAGGUGCGUUGUUCCUCUGCUGCGAGUGCUCAACCCCGUGGUGAAGUUCGGGCGGUGCUUUCUGAAGCACCCCUACCAGCAGGUCCUCACCCUUGUGAACGACAGCGAUGUUCCCGGCUGCUAUGGGCUCCUCCCGCAGGAGCACAAGGAGGGCGCUGCCGUGUGGUACUCCAGCCCAGCGCCCUGUGGGAUCAUCCAGCCCCGCAGCUCGGUGCAGGUCCCGGUGGUGCUGGCAGCCCAGGUGACAGGGGAGCAGUGCACAGCCGCUGAGGUGGCGGUGUUUGGGAGAAAAGGAGCCCCGCUGAAAAUCCAUUUAGUGAGCACUGGAGAAGGCCCAGUAGUCUACGUGCAUCCGAGUAAGAUAAAUUUUGGCAAUAUCCAAGUUCUGCAAGAUGCUACCCGAAUUCUCAACCUCUCCAAUCAGGCGGUCAUCCCUGCAUCGUUCUGGGCAGAGAUGGCUGGCGAGGGCUCGUGCUGGAGGAUCAAACCCAGCCGAGGCGUGAUCCCUGCUGGGACCGAGGUGUCCGUGACCAUCAUCGCCAACCUGGACGACACCGAGAAAUUCAAGGACGAGGUGAAACUCUGCAUAGAGAACAGCAACACCUACGUGAUCCCUGUCCAGGCGGUGGGCACUGGCACCACCAUCAUCACCGACAAACCCUUCGCGCCAGCGCUUACCCUGGGGCCGCACUUCAGCCUGGGUCCCUGCUGUUACCACUUCAAGAUAACAAACAAGGGAAGGCGAACCCAUCAGCUCUACUGGACGACAGAAGGUUUUGCCCCGUUUCGCCAGCGUGAUCGUCUCCCUGUUGUUGGUAACUCCAAGGGCAAAAACUCCUCCCAGAGACCCCAGCCCACAUCUCCCGUGUUCAAGCUUCGACCGCUGAGGAUGGAGCUGAUGCCAGGCAGGACCAUGGAGAUGCUGGAAGGCUCCUCCAGCACUCCAAAGGUGGUGACAGAGCGGCUGCUGUGCCACGCCAUCAUAGGGAGCAAGGCAGGGAAGGCACAGAUAAUGCAGGUGGACGUCACAUGCGAGUUCGUGGCUCCUGUCCUGCAGAUCUCCUCCAGGGAAAUCACUUUCCGCGUGGAGAAGCCGAUGAAGCUGGGGAUAGGGGAGGAACUUCACCUCUCCAUCAGAUUUGACCCUGCAUACAAAGAGGACUUGAAUAUCCGCGUAGCAGAGAAGGCUCUGAAAAUACAGUUUCUCGAGCACCCCCACGAGGAGCAGGUUACUGUUCGGGGAGAGGUCUACUUCCCAAACCUCCAUAUCCAGACCAUGGCCCUGGACUUUGGCUGCAUCUUGAAUGACACCGAAGACGUGCGUUACGUCGAGAUGACCAACUGCAGCCCGCUUCUUGUGCGGUACCACUGGGCCUUCCUGACAGGCAGCCACAUGAGCCAGAUGAGGUUCAGCCCUCCGGUACCUAAAUAUUUCAUCCAACCCCAACCACCACAGGAGGAGGGAGCCACGGUGGAGCCCUCGGUAUCUGCAGAGAGCAGCUCCAGGGCUGUGGGUGUAGAGGAGCCAGCCCAGGCCAUGGGAGCAGCAGGAGACUCUGCCCAAGAGCCAGCAGAUGCAGAUGACUCACUGGAGGCACAGCUGCUGCCAUCUGCUGCUGAGGAGCUGGCAACUGCUGCGGAGUCUCAGAGUCGGGUGGAGAUCAAGGACCUGAUGGAGUUUGCGGACAGCGAGCCCCUUGCCUUGGGUGUGGAGGAGGUCUUCGACAUCCUGCCGCUGUAUGGCGUGCUGCAGCCUGGCGAGAGCCAACGGGUCACCAUCACCUUCUUCGGCCACGCCAACCUGGUCGCCCGCGUCACGGCGCUGUGCGAGGUGGAGGGAGGCCCAACGUACGAGGUGGCGCUCAGCGGGGAGGCUUCGCUCCUCAGCUACCUCUUCGACAUCAGAGAGAUCGACUGCAGGCUGCAGCUGUUUAACGAAGUCACUGAAGCGGAGCUCACCCUGCAGAACAACGGGAAGGUGGGAUUCAAGUACCAGGCGCUGAGCCCCAGCAUGGCCCCUGCAGACAGCCCUCUGCCUGGCGUGCCCCUGGUCCUGCCCAGCACGGGUUACAUCGGACCUGGCAAGGAGCAAGUAUUGAAAGUCUUGUACCUGCCGGGAGUGCCUGGCAUCUUCUGCAAGACUUUCCAGAUCCAAGUGGGUCAUCUGGAGCCAGAAAAAUUCACCCUGAAAGGAGAGGGGAGCUUUCCCAGGAUCUACUUAGAUCUGCCCAGGAAUAUCAAAGGACACGAAAAAUAUGAGAAGGUCCUCAAGGAGGCGAAAGAAAAGAUGGAGAAGGACGGACAGAGAGAUGAAGCCAUUGUCCUGGGGGAAGCCACGGCCACUGAGCUGCCCAUGGAUGACUCGGGCACGGUGCUCGACACGCGGCUGCAGAUGCGAAUGGAGGAGAUGCUCAUAGAGGAACAUGCCUUGGAGCAGCAGGAGCUCCUUGCCUCCUGUCCCCCCGAGGAUGCGGUCUUUGACCAGCGUGCUCGUCGGAGGCUCCUCAGAGCCCAGCUGCCCGAGUACAUCCUGGACUUUGGCUAUGUUGUCCUCGGUAACAUCCCCGCGCACAUCGUGAAGGUCACCAACACCGGGCAGUUCCCAGUGUCCUUCCACACAGAUGGACGGGUCCUGCGUGACACAGGUUUCACUGUGGAGCUGGACCGUGUGAGGAACCUGCCGUACUGCGAGACCGAGACAUUCGAGGUGCGCUUCGAUCCGCAGAGGGCCAGCCUGCCGCUGGGAGCGGUGGACGUGCUCCUGCCCAUCAAGGUAGCAGGAGGUCCCACGUUUCACAUCUCCCUUCGUGCCACUGUGACUUUGCCGUCCCUCAGCCUCUCCAGGGACAGGCUGGAGUUCUCCAGUGUGCAGUGUGGGCAGUGUCAGGAAGAAACCAUCCAGCUCCACAAUCAGUUCCAGGUCCCCUGUAAAUGGUUCAUCACCAUGACAGAGCCUGUUAAGAAGGUGGACAAACAUUUGCCAGCAAGCGUACGUCGGAAGCUGCAGCAGGAGGCGAAGGCCAAGCCCUGCGUCUUUGAGGCACUGCCCUUGGCUGGAGACCUCGCGCCGGGGCAGCGAUGCAACGUGCGGGUCAGGUUUUUGCCCACAGAAGAGAGGUCCUACAGAAGUGAGCUGAAGAUUAACAUCUGCCAGAGCAGCCAGCACUUCCAGCUGCCGGUCUCGGGGCACGGGCUGGAGCCACAGCUGGAGUUCAACCCCCCGGUGCUCGAGCUGGGGCCAGUGCUGCCGUACAGCAGCGGGGCAGAGGGGACAGUGGUGGUGAAGAACCCGUGCGAGUUCCCCAUCGAGUUUUACUCCCUGGAGUUCGACCAGCAGUACCUCGCCGAGGAGCAGAUUCUGCGGGUGCUGAAGGACUACGAUUGCCACAACACCCUGCUGCUGCCUCCACGUGUCCCUGGUGAGAAGCUGCCCCCAGAGGUGCUGGAGUACUACCAGGACCAGAAGAGGCUGCAGGAUGAGCAGGGGAAGCCCAAGCCUGGGGAACCAGCAGGCCAGGACAAUGCAAAUGCUGAAGACGUCCAGUCUCUCUCAGAUCAAGGAGGGAAGUACUCUGCUGGGAUCGUGCACACCAUCUCAUCCCAUAGCUCCAUCAUUCCCUUCUCCAUGUUUGAUGAAAACCAGUCCAGCAAGGUAGACUCUAAAUCUGAACUGGGAGAAGAGGAGGAGGAAGGUCUUGGGAAAAGGCGCUGGACAGAGCACUGGCAGAGCACCAGCAGCAAGGACGCCGCGGGAGAGCUAGACAACAGCCCCGUCCGCAGAGCCAUCGCCCGCCACCUCGGCCUUGAUAUCUCUGCAGAAGGCCGUGCAGCCCAAAACCGCAGAGGGAUCGUCAUCAUCGUCCACGGGGCGCCCCUGACGGGAAAGACGUCGGCAGCAGUGGCCCUCUCCAGACGCUAUGGCGCGGCCCGCCUGUCCAUUGACUCGGUGGUGACCGAAGCCAUCUCCGACAGGAGCAGCUCAGCUGGGCUCCGCGCGCGGGAGCUGUGCCUCAGGGCGGCCAUAGAGCAGAGCCACAAGGAGAUGGAGGACGCCGGUCAAAGCACGGAGGCGUCCCUCAGCUUGCAGCUCGGUGCCGAGGCCAGGAACAGCCCGGCCACGAGCCAGUCCAGCUCUGGGGACAAAGCCAGCCAGCAGUCCAUUGGCUCCCGUAGCCGGGCGAGUGCAGCGACGGGCAAGAGGAAGACGGAUGGACACGGGUCCCAGUCCCAGAAACAGCAACACGCGGACCUGGCAGGCUCACAGGGCUCCUCCAGUUCUCACCUCAUCUCACUGCUUCCCUGCUUUCCCGCGCAGCAGUGGCUGAGUGUCGGCGGCAGCAGUGCAGGAGAGAUGGGCUUGAUGAGCUGCGUGCUUCCCGAGGACUUGCUGGGGGCCAUUCUCUCAGAAAGGCUGCAGCUGAGUGACUGCUACCAGGGAGUGGUGUUUGAUGGCCUGGAGACCCUCUUUGCAGGCAGCAUGGCAUCUGCUCUCCUCUGCCUGCUCAAAGCUGCCAGAAACCGGCCUCACAUCUAUUUCGUGAACCUCUUCCAGGAUUAUGCCUCUUUGAAAGCCAGAGAGAUGGCUGCAAAAGAGCAGGAAGAACGGGAGCAGGAGGAAGCCGCCAGGAGGGCGAAAGCACGCCUCCAGGAGAUGGAUGAGGAGGAGUACGAUGCCCUCACGGAGGAGCAGAAAGCUCAGUUUGAUGACAAUAUACUACAAGUCCAGCGUGAGAGGAAGAGGAGGAAGAUGGAGCAGCUGGCUCGAGAGCUUGAGGAAAAACUCAAGCAAGAACUAGAACGCUUGAGGGAGGAAGAAGAGAUGAAGAAGAAGUCCAGGCGGGGGAAGAGAGAGCUUGGGAAAGAAAAAGACAAUGCCUCGGGGAAGAAAAGCCAGCACGGAGGCAGACAGAAUUUGAACACCUCCACCAGCAACACCAAUGUGUCCACCAGCAACCGCUCAGACAUCAACGAAGGGGUAGACAAGAAGGGGUCUGUGAAGGAGCACCUGGACUCUGUUGCAGGUGACAAGGAAGAUAAGAAAAAGCGGAGCAAGGUUCCCCUGACGGAUGGCAGCCCGGUGGUGGCUGUGCAACCCACAAAGGUCGAACAAGAGGAAGCCAAGCAGAAGACCCUGAGUGAUAGCGAGAAGGUCUUGGCCAAGAGGUUUAAGAUCUACGAGGCAUCACAGAAAGACAUCACGCAUAUUUUGUCAUCCUGGGACAGGGCUCAGGGCAUUCUGCUGUCCCUUCUGAGCCAAGAGGAGGCAAGGUACCAAGCAGAAGACCAGCACCCACCUCUCUCCAGCCGCAGGAGCCGGAAGGACAGAGAGAAGGAGCGCCAAGAGAGGCUGGAGAAGGAGCGGGCAGAGAGGGGGCGGCUGGAAAAACUGAAGGCUAUCGAAUCCAGGUUACCUGGGCUGGAACAGGAAGGUGCAGAAUGGUCAGCCAAGGGCCAGGAUGUCGGGGUGCCUUGCUUGGACAUCCAGGUGCUGAGUGCAGAAGAUGCUACGGGGAAGAUUCUGGAGAGCGGCAAGCUGCCCGCGGCAGAGGAGAUCCUGGAUGGCCUGGGACUGGGUCCCUCAGGGCCUCCCAUUCCUUCUACCACAUUUUACUCGGUGAUCCGCUACCCGGAGAAGCGUGUGGCCCCUGCAGGAGAAGCUCUCAAGCACUUCAUCUUUGUUGCACCAGAAGGUGCGGUGUUGGAAGAAGAAAAGAAGGAAACAGAAAGCCUCGUGGAUGCUCCCAUCGCGCUCACUGUCAAGAUGUCGGAGGAGCAAGUCACCCCCACCAGAGGCCGGUCAAGGAAGGAGAAGGCUGAGGGCAGCCGGGAGGCUCUGAAGGACAAGCGAAGCUCUGGCCGGAGCAAGAAACAUCCCCAGGGGCUGGGCACAGGGGCACCACCACCACGUCCCCCUGAGGUGGACCAAAGCAGCGUGGACAUGGGCCUACCUCUGGGGAAGCCUCUCAGGCUGAGCAGCUGCCGGUGGAUCGUGCCUGCCCGCGGCCAGGUUGAACUGAAGGUACACUUCAGCUCCACGGUGCUGGGCCAGUUUGACCAGACGCUGCAUUUUGAGAUCCUGGGGACAAACCGACUGCACCAGCUGCACUGCAGGGGCACCUGCCUGUACCCCACCAUCAGCCAGGACCCACGGCUGGUGUUUCCUCACCGGAGGAAGAGCAAGGCAGAUGGUGACAUUGUUUUCAAGCAGUACAUCAUGAGCACAGGUGUAUUCCACUUCGGGCCGCUGCUCUGUGGGAAGUCCAGAGACUGGUACAAGGCGCUGCACUACCCCAGCAACUGUGAGAAGAUAACCAUCCUCAACACCACCCCCUUGGAAGCAGAGGUGCAUUUCUUCUUUGAGCACGACCUCAAAGCAGACACGUUCCUUUUGGACCCUCCCAACAUGACGCUGAAACCGAACGAGAAGCAGGAGCUGAGCCUUUGGGCGUACCCCACAUCAGCUGGCCUCAUUGAAGACAACCUCGUGUGCUGCAUUAAGGAGAACCCGGAGCCGGUGGUCUUCCCCUUGUGCUGCCAGGGGGUGCGGGUGGAGCUGGGGGUCAGCCCCAAGCAGGUGCACUUCGACAAGCUGCUGCUACACAGGCGGGACAGCAAGAAGCUGGUGCUGCGAAACUCCACCCCGCUGCCCGCAGCCUGGAGGCUCAGCGGGCUGGAAAACCUCGGCGAGGACUUCUCGGUGUCGCAGGAUGCAGGCAUGGUGGGGCCCCACACGGAGCUGGAGGUGUACCUGCAUUUCAUGGCCACGAAGGCGCUGAGCGUGAAGAAGACCAUCCGGCUGGAGGUUUCAGAUGCAGAGAACAUCCUGGGGAUUGUUCAGAUUGAAAAUAUCCAAAUCCACGCGGAGGCCUAUGAUGUUGCUCUGAGCAUCACCAUCCCUAAAGGUACAGAUGGCAGCGUGGAUUUUGGAGUCCUUAAAGUGCUGGAUGAUGCAAAGCAAGCACUGACCCUGAGGAACAAAGGGAAGUACGAGAUCGCAUACAGCUUCAAGAUAGAAAAUGCAGAUACCAGCAUCCCAGACUUGGCAUCCCACUUCUCUAUCCAGCCACAGAGAGGGGUGCUGACCGCCUCCGAGCGCCCUGUGCAGGUCCAGCUGCUCUUCCACCCCAGGGCAGAAAUGAGCAUCGAGGACAAACCCAUCCUGAAGUGCCAGGUGAUUGAGCCCAGCCUCUGCGAAGGAGGGGAGACCAUCGCCAUCAUCCCCGUGCCGGUGUCCGCCAAAGCUCUGUUCAGCAAGUACAGCAUCACCCCGGCCUCGCUCAUCAACUUCGGCGCCCUGGUCAACGGCACCAAGAAAACCUGCACCAUCACGCUGGAGAACAGAGGCAGCCUCGACUUUAAGUUCCUCGUCUACAAAGCAGACCAGGAUGUGCCUGGGCUGGCAAGGAAAAGCGCCCAUCACAAGAAAUCUAACCACUCCCAGGAGAAUGAAAACGUAAGCAAGGUGAUAACCUCUGCAAAGCAAAGCAAGCCGUCCCUGCAGAAGGAGACGAACCCCUUCAUGCAGGCUCGCUUCACCCUGGGCAUGUUCACGGUGUACCCCGGCUUCGGCUCCAUCCAUCCCGGGGACAAGCAGACAAUCACGGUGGAUUGCCACGCAGAGCCGCUGGGGCUGUGCGAGGAGCACCUCUCCAUCGAUAUCAGCGACAGGGACCCCAGGGACAACCCCCUGGGCAUCCCCUAUACCCUGCUGGCCGAGUCCUGUCUCCCAGCGUUUGUGGCUGACGACGUGGGGUCCAUCUUUGAGGAGCAUCGCAUCUGCAGCAACACCAACCUCUGCCAGAUCCUGCAGACCGUGCAGGACAGGGGCGUGUUCAUCACAGACGAGAACAAAUUCAUCUUCACUAACGUCCUGGUUGGGCACCGGGCCACUGCUCGCUUCAAGAUCCGCAACGUGGGCAAAGUCCCCUGCAACGUGGUCCUCUCCAUCAAACCCAUCUUCGGUAAGCCCAACAGCCGCGUCAGCGACAUUUUCGAGGUGGACCCCGUCCAGAUGUGUGUGCCCAGCCGCUCCCACACCUUCGCUACGGUGACCUUCAUUCCACAAACCAUGCAGAGCUACCAGUGCACUUUUGAAGCUUCACUUGAUGUCCAGACAAGCCCUGCAGCAAUUAAAGCCCAAAGCCUGACGUUUGAUAUCAGUGGAGAGGGGAAUCUGCCUCAGGUCACGGUCCUGCGCCCAGUCCUUCACAGUAAGGGAGGGAACCCUCUGCUCCUCUUCAAGAAGCUGCUGCUGGGUGACUCUGAAAAGCUCCCUCUGGUCCUUCAUAACGCCGGCAUCAUACCUGUCCAGGUGAUGAUAGAUCUGUUGGAUGAAGGGGGAGUUUUCUUCCUGAGAGCCAGGCCAACCACGCAGUGCAUCUACCAGGCUGCAGGUAUGAAGGAGGACUCUGCUGGAGAAGGGAUGAAACCCCACACCGCUUCCCUGGUCCUGCACCGCGGGGAAUUAGCAGAGUUCGAUGUGCUUUUCAAACCCAGCCUGCCCCACCGCGUGGAAGGGAAGAUCCACCUGUCCGUGGUGGACAACCCCUAUGAAGAGACCAACGUUCAGCUGGUGGGUGAAGGCUACGAGGAUGACUUCACGAUAGACAAUAUCCAUGGACUCGUGGUAGACAGCGCUGAGGAGAGCUCUGAGGGUGAUCUGGAGGAGGACACAAUUGAAGCUGCCAGAGCAGAUCACAUCCAGUUUGGGGACUGUCACAUUGGGAAGCCCUACCAGGCCACCUUCACGAUCACCAACCGCAGCCGGGCGGAGGCAAUGCGGUUCGAGUGGCCGGCAGGCCCCCCGUUUCACUUCUCCCCCCAGGUGGGACACCUCCACGCGGGCUGCGCUAAGGACAUUACAGUGACCUUGAAAUCGGAUGUGGCAGUCACCUUCAGAAGGCAACCUGUGAGGUGUAAGGUGGCCAGGAUUGCCUUCCAGUUGCCACCGGAGCAGGUCACUGACUGGGACAACCGCCUGUGCACCGUCAAGUGGGUAGAUGCCACGAGGGGCCAAGCAGCCUCGUGGCCUGUCAAGAAGAAGGUGAUUGAAACAGACCCAGAACCAGCUCACAGCCUCCUGGAGAGGAGCAGCCGUGAGGUGGAGCUUUGCCUCAGCGCCGUCGUCGAUUACACCGAGUUCAAGCUGGAUACGGAUGCGAUUCAGUUCAAGGAGACCUUGCUCUUCCAGACAAGGACAUUCACUUUCCGGCUGUCCAACACAGGGAACGUGGCCCUGGAAUACACCUGGAUGGAGGACAUGGGGGAUGAAAGGGCAGCGAGCCGAGCUGGGGAGCUGCUCCUCGCCACCCUGGAAGGGGAUUUCCUCUCGUCCGCUUCUGGUGCCUCCGAGAAGCUCCAGCCCAGCCAGCGGGGCCGCUCUCCAGGGCACGACUCACCCUCCCUGAGCUCGCCCCUGAGCACCAUCCAUGCCACCCCGCUCUUCUCUGUCGAGCCCCGCAGCGGCACCAUCCCUGCCGGCCAGGAGCAGCUCUUCCAGAUGAAGUUCUCCCCGGUGUAUGUGGGGGACUUUGAGAGCUGCAUGCUCUGCAGUAUUCCCAACCUGAAGCCGAAUCAAAAGGGCCCAGAAGUGGUCGUGAAGGGGAGAAGCCAGAUGCCACAUUGUCACUUCGAGCUGGAAGACUCCGACUACAUCACUGCAAAAAGGCGCAGCCCUGAGCUGCAGGACCCAAAGGGGACAACGCUGGGUCUCAACACAAGGGUGCUCGAGUUUGCAGCGAUUGGUGUGUGCAGCAGGAACAGCAGGACCUUCAUGGUUAUGAACCCAACCAGUUCCGUGUACUCCUUCCAGUGGACUUGCCAAGACCCUGCAGCUCCACCAGGACAGACAGCUUUCUUCUGCCUCACAGAGAGAGGGCAGAUCCAGCCAGGGAAAAAAGCAGAGAUCAAGUUUGAAUUCAUCCCCCGGCAUCUGGACAUCACAGAGUCAUUCUGGGUCUUUACGAUCCCUGAGCAGAGCCUUUCAGUCCCGUUCCUGCUGGUGGGCAACACCACCGACCCGCUGGUGACUCUGGACAGGUCCCACCUGAACUUCCACUUGCUCUUAGUCGGGCACAAGGUACACCAGACCAUCUAUAUGAUCAACAGCGAGAAGGAAGCCUUCAGCUUUGCCUUCAGAGAAAGCUCUCUCUUCUCAGAGGGAUGCAACACCUCCGUGAAAAUAGAGCCCCUGGAAGGCUCCAUCGCUCCCCUUUCAAGGCUUCCCAUUACAGUCUUCUUCACACCGACACUGGAAGGAGAGGUGGUCUUCAACCUCAAGUGCGAUGUCAAGAGGAAGACGGAGCCCCUCUGCUUGAAUAUCAAGGCCAGUGGCUACAGCAUGAGCGUCUCCGUCAGGUGUGAGGGUGGCGAUGGCUGCGGCACCGAGCUCAGCGCGCAGAAGGUCAACAUCAUUGAUUUCGAGGAGGUGCAGCUGAACGAGAGCACCAAGCGCGUCUUCAGCAUCUGCAAUAACGGAAAAUUCGGCUUCAGCUUCUCGUGGGAGCUGAGCGGCCCUGCAGCCCGGGUGCAGCUCCUCACCCUCGCCCCUCAGACGGGCAGUGUGCAGGCUGAGAGCAAAGUGGAGACUCAGCUGGUUUUCCACCCGCAGAAAAUGUGCUCUUUAAAGGACGUGGAGCUGACACUGCAGAUCAGCCAGGGUCCCACGUUUACCUGCAUGUUCCUGGCCACUGUGGUAGUACCCGCCAUCCACUUCUCUGCCACCAGACUCAACUUUGGAGCCUGCUUUGUCUACCAGGCUGGGAUGCCACCUGCCCGGCAGACCCUCGUCAUCACGAACAAAGCAGACAAAGAUGUCAGCCUGAGCUGCCUGUUUGCCGGCACCGCACACCUGGAGGUGGGCUGCCCAGCGUGCAUCCUUCGCCCAGGAGGGGCCAUGGAAGUGCCCGUCACUUUCUAUCCCAGAGAGGUUGCAUCUUACCAGGAGCUCAUCCCUUUUGAAAUCAAUGGCCUUUACCACCAGACUGUGGAGGUCCAAGGAAGGGGCACAGAAAUGAAGGUUGAUGUUGUGGAACCACAAGGAAAGGUGGUGAAGCUGGGAGCCCUCUCCAUCGGACAGAUGGUGAAGAAGACUGUCACCAUAGCAAACAACAGUCUCGCCCCUCUCACUUUCAAGCUCAGUUUCAAGUCCUCUGUGCCAGAGCUGCAAGAACACGGGGUUCUCUGCGUGCACCCCACCGGCGAACUGAAUCUGAAGCCCAAAGGAGACACCUGCAAAGUGGAGGUGGUCUUCUCCCCAAAGCGCCGCAUCCAGCCGUUCGCUGGGGAAGUGAUGCUGGAGAUCAAGGGCCUGGCGCGCUCCCUCUUCAUGGUGCGGGGCUCCUGCCAGGGUGUCCACGUCAGCCUGGACCAGGAACACCUCAGUUUCGGAGCGGUGCUGCAGCAGAGCCACGCGUCGCAGCGCAUCACCAUGCAGAACAUGGGCGACAUAGGAGUCAAGUUUAAGUGGGACGUCAAGAGCUUCAAGCCCGAUUUCUCCAUCAGCCCCACGAAGGGGUACAUCUCCCCAGGAAUGGAUGUCCCCUUCGUCGUCAGCUUCCACCCCUCAAAGCCGAGCCUCUCUAUCCAGUACGAGGGACUGCAGUGCUCCAUCCAGGGCAGCGAGCCGCUCCGGCUUACGCUGGCGGGGUGCUGCGUGGAGGCCCCUGUGAGCAAAGAGACGCUGACGUUUGCAUGUGACGUGCGUGAGACACACAGCCAGACCGUCCUCCUGUCCAACCCAAGCAACGAGGCCUGCACCGUGAAGCCCGUCAUUGAGGGCGAACACUGGAAAGGGCCUGAAUUUUUCCACCUAGAGGCCAACGAACAAAACAAGCCCUACAAGAUCACCUACAACCCCCUAACCAUGAGCUCCGACAAAAAGAAGCACCAGGGCUCCAUCUUCUUCCCCUUGCCAGACGGGACAGGUUUGCACUACCUCCUGCAGGGGACUGCUGAGGGCCCGAAGUGUUCAGGGACCAUUGUUCGGGAGGUACCGUGCAGGACCUCCUACACCGAGCUCAUCCCCGUCUCCAACUGGCUGAGCAGACCGCAGAGGUUCCUCGUGGUGACGGACAUACUCAAACCAGAGAACCUGGAGAGCGGUUCCGUGCUGCAUGGGCUGGAGUACAUUGAUGUGCCUGGCUCCGACAAGAAGGACUACAAGCUCACCUUCCUCUCCUACAAGGAGGGCGUCUUUAACACAAUGGUGACCUUCCUCAAUGAGGCGACCGAGGAGUACUUGUUUUACAUGAUCACUUUCAAGGCCACGGCUCCAGGACCCGUCGGCACCGUUGAAGUGAGCGCCGCUGUGCGGCAGAGCGUGUCUUCUGCCGUCAGGGUGGACAACCCGCUGGCCGUCCCAGUGGUGUUCGACGUCGAUUGCAGAGUGCCUGACAUCAGCAUCCCCCCGCACUUCACUGUGCCUGCCCAGGCAGAGGCUGAACUUGUCUUUGAGUACCGGCCCCUGAAGGUGGGCGAGAGCACCGGGCGCCUGAUGCUCCACAGCAGCGACUUGGGCUUGUGCCACUACGAGCUGAUCCUGAAAGCCACCCCCAGCAAGCCGGAGAAGCCACUCUACUUCUGCACCACGCUGGGCUCCAACCAGACCCUCACCGCCAAAGUCAUGAACUACAGCCGCCAGAAGACAGACUACGUCCUCCAGACCGACUGCCCUGACUUCCAGACGGAGAAAACCAUCAGCAUGCCCCCGUCCUGCGCGGGGGGCUCGGAGGUGUGCGUGGAGGUGACCUACGAGCCCUGCCAGCUGGGCGAGUCCCGGGCUACCCUGCAGCUCUCGGGCCCCCCAGGGGGCGAGUACAGCAUCCCGCUCUUCGGUCUGGCCCUGCCGCCCAAGCCGCAGGGCCCCUUCCCCAUCAAGGCCGGCGGCAGCACCUCCAUCCCCUUCAAGAACAUCUUCCUCCAGCCCACGGCCUUCACCUACAGCGUGGAGAACCCGGCUUUCGCAGUCCGGGCCACCGGGACCUUGCGCCCCAAGAAGACCAUCUUCAUGGCCGUCUCCUUCGAGGGCAGCCCGGGCGGCGGCAGGACCCCCGUCACCAGCCGCCUGGUGGUCUCCUGUCCCCGGGCAGCCGGCGUGGGGCCGGGGGUCUCCUGGGUGUACUACCUGCGGGGCCUCCCCACAGACAAGUGACCGGGGGCCUCCACGGGGUCCUCCAUGGGGAUGGAGCUGAUUGUGGGCGGCACCACAGCUAACGGGGGGUCACGGCAAACUGGGGGGGACUUUGGGGGGCUAUGGGGGGUGUCCUCUGUAAUGGUUUGGAAUAAAGAGGGCGAGGCAUGGAGCGAGGAUGA